AUGGCGUCAACUAGCUCCGCCGGGGACGUGGGAGGCUCAGGUUCAAAAGGUGCGGUUGCGGAUAAAACACUUCCCGCUUCUGCAAAUACCAGUAGCUCACAUCAGGAGUCUCAUGAUGCUGAUGCAAAAUCACGUGUGGAGGACAUUUGGAAGAAAAUGAACAGUGGUUUGCCUAAUAAGAUGCCCAAACCUGCAAUGACGAAGCUCAGUACAGCAGCAAAAGAAAAGAAAAAUAAACAAACAAAUAAUUGGAUGACUGUUCUAGGCCUUUCACCAAGUAAGGCAUGCACUGUCGAUCAAGGAUCAAAAAAUGGGCAACAACAGACACAACAUGAAAUGAGUGAGGAUGCCAAAAAACUUGCAGCAAAGGCCCUUGCAGCUGCCAAAAAUGCCGCAGCUGUGGCAUCUGGACGAGGGAAAGUGGAGAUCACUGAGGUAAGGGACUUUGCUGGCAAGGACAUUGAAAUCAAGAAAUUGGUUGAUGCUAAUUCAAAGGAGGCAAUCGAGAAGGCCAAGGCAGCUGGUGCCGCCCCAUCAGCUGUCGACAACAUUCUAGAGCAAAUACGGAAGAAGCAGAAGCUGAGCGUCCUGGACAAGACGAAGAAAGACUGGGGAGAGUACAAGGAAGAGAACCGAGGCUUGGAGGAAGAGCUGGACUCCUACAAGAAGAGCUCGAACCAGUACCUCGACAAGCAAUCGUUCCUGCAGCGAACCGAUUACCGCGAGUUUGAGCGCGAGCGGGAUGCCCGGCUGUCGAUGAUGUCCAAGCGGAGGACAGAUAUGCGGGAGGACGAUGUGUAG